AUGGAAAUGGCAAGUGAAAUGCAUGGAAGCAAUCAGACUCUUGAUAAGACUUGCAGUGAUGUAGAGAAAAUAUUGCAAAAUGAUUUAUACAGAAAACCAUUUCAGCAGUUUCUUGAGCAACAGUUUUGUGCUGAAAACAUAAACUUUUAUAUGGCUGUGGAAGAAUAUCGUUCAAUACCUGAUUCAGAUUUAGAAAGGAGAGCAAAAGUUGCUAGUCAGAUUUUCGAAAAACAUUUUUCUCAUAACAGUGUAGAACCAGUAAAUGUUGAUAACUGUACAAGUAAAAGUAUUAAGGAUGCGGUCAUGUCACAUAAUUUUACAUCUCAGCUCUUUGAUGUAGCACAAUACCAGUACGAUUGUUGGCCUCGUUAUUUGCGUGCUGGUGGCACAGCCCCAACUUUUGGUGAUGGUUCUAACAAAAUAUCUGGAUCAUGGGUGGCAAGUACACCAACUCUUCAAUAUCGUGGAAAAGAUAAGCGUAAAUCAUUAAUCUGGCAUGCCUUGAAGCCCAGGUGCUCACAUUGGAAAAAAGCGUGGUCUGACGGCAUUGGUUCACUGGUACAGAAUUGCAAUUAUGACAGUUCAGUGGUGCAGUUUUCGGAAUCUCAACACAGUUCACGACUGUCCUUUGCAGAGGACAACUUAACGCGGAAUGCACUGUUUUUUGAAUUUGACGCUAAAUUGAGAUUUGGGAUCUUAAGUAAGUACGGUUCAUUACGCCGUCGUGGUUCUACGAUCUCCGGAAAGCAGCGCUCGAUAUUUAUAGAGAUGACUCGAAUUCAUUCGAGUGUCUCACCUCAAACUACUUCAAGCUCAACAUUCACGAAAAUAUGCGCCAAAUUUUGUACUCUCGUGCUUAAUGACGCACGCUGUGUGGAACGAAUAGCGCUUCAAGAUCCGAAGGAAUCAGUGGGUAAAUGGACGGCAAUGAUUGCAGCUCAACGUGGAAUGGAUCCACGAGCAACUGAAGUUGUUGAUGCGCAGUCUGGUGCAACAAUUGAUCCAGCUCGACAGGCUGUUGAUGCAUUGAAUAAUCGUUGUGUUCGUCUGUUACCCAUACUAUAUUUCGCUGCUGAAAUAGUAAUGCCUUCCUGUUCAAAUAAAAUGGGUGUGACGAAUUCUAGACUUGUACUAAUGCGAGCCAGACAUGGUUUAUCUUUGAGUACCGUAUUGAAGCCAGUUUUGGCCAAGUAUUUAAUUGAUUUCAAUUCAUGCGUUAUCGUUCUUCCAAACACAUCGGAUGUAAUCAGUGGGCAAGCAACUGUUGGUUCUGUUGGGCAGCGAUUUGUUGUCGUGAUGACUCAACAACAGUAUCAAGAGAGGCAACACUCACCGAAGCAUGAAGUCAGUAAGGAAGUUCAUUCCAUGCAGUUUUCUACUCCAGAAAUUAAUUUUCCUUUCUAUCAGCAUGGUGAUGUUGCAUUCGUUGAAUUGCCAGCUGACUACGAUUUACGCACUGGUAAGAUCAAUGCAGUACGCUGCUACUCGAACACGAAGACGGACCACACGUCCAGUUUGUUGAAAUUUGUCCGGAAAGCAAGCCAGGCUGUUACGAAUCGCGAACCUUCUGAUUUUGCUGGACCUUCAUUCUUACAUCAUCAUCAGGGCGCACUACAGCAACAGUAUUUUGUGGGGCACAUUCAUUCUCAUUCUAUGACAUCAAAUUAUACUAACAAAUCAAGGCGGAAGUCGUUGGGAGAAUUCCAACGUACAGUGAGUGCAGCUUUGACUGAUAUUCCUUAUUGUGGUGAAGAUACAGAUAUGGAGAAUCAAUGGUUACCGGAAACUCCUCGAAGUGGGAUUUCAGGGAACCAGACUUCACGAGAAUAUUCAGAUCCUAAAGGAAAAAUUUUUGAAAUCCCCGAGUUUCUGAAGAAGGUAAAUACUUCGGAAGUAAUGGAUGAAGAUACUAAAUUGACGCUGAUUGAUUCAGUUUCGCCAAAAAUCCCUCCUCUGUAUACUUCUACCGUUUCCAGCGAUAAAGAUUUUUUGCCUUGUGAUCGAAAGGAAAGUCUUGGCUGGCAACGAGCUGACUACGUAUAGUA